AUGCACUCGCCCCUGAGCUUCGUCUUUCUCCUUCUCGCCUGUUCGCUCGGCGUCUCUGCGCAAUUCCAAUUCUUCGAACAGAUGUUCGGCGGCGGCGGCCACCAUCACCAGCAGCCGCAGAACAUGCCCAGCGACUCGAGCUGGUACCAGCAGCAAUAUGACGGCGCUACUUGCGACAAAUACCUCUGCCCAGGCACUCUCUCCUGCGUGCACUUCCCGCACCACUGCCCCUGCGCUUUCCCGAGUGUCGAAGACAAGGUCGAGCUUGGCGAGGGGAUUGCCAUCUGCGCGAGCAAGGGGGGGUUCAAGGAGGGUGAGACGGUGCGCAAGAUCGAGCUCGCUAGGAAGGGGAUGUUGUAA